GGACAAUUUGAAAAAAAAAAAAAUAAAAAAAAAUUGGGGUUUGAGUCUGAGACGCAGCGGUCUCAUCUUCUUGUUCACUCUUUUGUUCUUGUUUCCGCAGUCUACAACAGAAUCGCAGGGGGGCGGUGAGAAAAUCAGAGAAACAUAUUCAAGAACCAAGAGGCUUCUUCGCUUUCUGUUUCUCAAAGCUUCAAGAUAGAUAGAUAGAUAGAUGCUUUAACAAGACCAAAUUCAAUUUUUAGGGUUUUCAAUUUCCGUGAUUGUUAGGGCUCCGGCGAUGGAUGAUUAUCAGGAGAUGGAGAGGUUUGGAAUGGAGAACGAUUACGAGGACGGCCAGUGGAUCGGUGGCGAGUUCUAUUACCGAAACCGCAAGAGUAAGCGCGUGCAGACCAAAGACGAUGCUCUCUACGGCUCGUUCGCUGAUUCCGAUGACGAUGAAGACGACGGCUCCAGGAAACGCCGCAAAGAGCGAAAGGCCGACUUCACAAAGCCCGUCAGUUUUGUCUCCACCGGCGUCGUCGUCCCCAACCAGGAAGCCGAGAACGAUUUAAAGCAGCAGAGCGAUGAUAGUAGGCCUGAUAUUGAUCCUGCUGCUACUUCAGGUUCUGGUCUAGGGUUUAAUAAUUCUGGUCUAGGGUUUAAUAAUUCUGGUUUAGGAUUUGGUAAUUCUGGUGGUUUAGGAUUCGGUAAUACUGGUGGUUUAGGAUUCAAUCAUUCAGUAGGCAAUGAUGAUGAGGAAGAUGACAGCGGUUUUCUGCCGUCGGCGUUCGGGAAGAAGAUAAAGGAGGGAGCUGAGAGGAGACACAAGGAGAAAGAAAAGAUGAAAUUGCAGCAGCAGAGUAGUCGGUCUCGAAGAGAUUUGGAAUCUAAAGGAGCAAUCAGCGGCGGGGAUGGGGAUUUGGGGGCCUUUGAGAAACACACAAAAGGCAUUGGGAUGAAGAUGCUUGCAAAAAUGGGAUACAAAGGAGGUGGUCUUGGGAAGAACCAGCAAGGAAUUCUUGCCCCCAUUGAAGCCAAGUUGAGGCCAAAAAACAUGGGUAUGGGUUUUAAUGAUUACAAGGAAACCAAACAGCCCAGUGUGCAAGAAUUGGAUGAGGAAAAGCCCAAGAAGCAGUUGCCGGCUGCUACUGCCACCACCAAAAAGAGGAAUUCCUGGAAGAAGAUGGUUGCCGGCAGGACUAACAAGGAGCGGUAUAUAUCUGCCAAGGAGUUGUUAGCCAAGAAAGAAGAAGAAGGUGCCGAGGUCUUUGUGCAGAAGGUGGUUGAUAUGCGGGGACCUCAAGUACGAGUUUUGACCAAUUUGGAGAAUUUGAAUGCUGAGGAGAAGGCUAGGGAAGAAAAUGUUCCCAUGCCUGAGCUGCAGCACAACUUGAGGUUGAUUCUUGACAUGGCUGAGCUUGACAUCCAAAAGAUUGAUAGGGAUUUGAGGAAUGAGAGAGAGACUGCUAUAAGCUUGAACCAGGAGAAAGAGAGAUUGCAAGCUGAGGUGACUAUGCAGAAGCAGCACUUGGAUAGCUUGGAUGAUAUCACAACUGUGUUGGACCGACUGGGAGAAGAGAAAGCCAUGGGAAUAUUGACGCUGGAUUCUCUGGCAAAGGGUUUCAGUGACCUGCAGAGGAGGUAUGCCGAUGACUACAAGUUAUGUAACUUGGCUUGCAUUGCCUGUUCCUUUGCACUCCCUUUGUUUAUCAGGAUGUUUCAAGGUUGGGAUCCUCUUCGGAACCCCUCUCAUGGAAUGGAUGUGGUAUCCACCUGGAAGGCUUUGCUUCAUGGGGAGGGGGAGUAUGAGCGGUGCCUUGAUAUAUGGGAUUCUUCAAUGUCUCCUUAUACCCAAUUGGUUUCUGAGGUUGUGGUACCAGCUGUGAGGAUUGCUGGAGUAAAUACUUGGCAGCCUAAGGACCCUGAACCCAUGCUUCGUUUUUUGGAGUCUUGGGAGAAAUUGCUGCCGGCUCCUGUUCUUAAUAGCAUAUUGGAUAUGGUAGUCUUCCCCAAAUUGAAGGAGGCAGUCGACUUUUGGGAACCUCACCGGGACACAGUUCCCAUCCAUGUCUGGGUGCAUCCAUGGCUACCACUAUUAGGAAACAAGUUGGAGGAGGUGUACCACACAAUACGCUACAAGUUGAGUAAUGUUCUAGGUGCAUGGCACCCCAGUGAUGGAUCUGCUUAUACGAUACUCUCACCUUGGAAAAAGGUUUUCGAUUCUGCAAGUUGGGAACAGCUAAUGCAUCGAUUUAUAGUACCCAAAUUGCAGCUUGUUUUGCAAGACUUCCAAGUAAACCCUGCAGAUCAGAGACUUGAUCAGUUUAAUUGGGUCAUGAGUUGGGCUUCUGCUAUUCCAAUUCAUCUAAUGGUAGAUAUGUUGGAGAAGUUUUUCUUCCCCAAGUGGCUACAUGUUUUAUAUCACUGGUUAAUAUCAAACCCGAACUUUGAAGAGGUUUUGAAUUGGUAUAAAGGUUGGAAGGAACUUAUAUCUGAAGAGCUUCAUGCAAAUGAAAGUAUCCGCUAUCAGCUUAAUUGUGGCCUUGACAUGAUGAAUCGUGCUGUUGAGGGUAUGGAGGUGGUUCAACCUGGUUUGAAAGAGAAUAUUAGCUACCUCAGGGUGCUUGAGCAAAGGCAAUUUGAGGCACAGCAAAAAGCAGCAGCAGCCCAUGCAAAUUUGGGUGGCGCAGCCCAUAUGGAUGGUGGUGGUCACGAGAUGACCCUGAAAGAUGUUAUUGAAGCCCAUGCACAGCAGAACGGGUUGCUAUUUAGGCCUAAGCCUACUAGGACGCAUAAUGGCCACCAGAUAUACGGGUUUGGUAAUGUAAGCAUAAUAGUUGACUCUCUAAAUCAAAAGGUGUAUGCCCAAACAGAGGACACUUGGUCCCUUGUAUCUCUUGAGAAGUUGCUUGACCUGCACAAUACUUCUCUUACAAGAAGACGCUGACACUGAAUCUUUGAGAAGUGGAGAGGAGUUGGUAGGUUUCAUAUGCAGCAUGCAUCUCUCAGAGUUCAAAAAAUUAAAAGUUAGCUUGUUCAUAGUUUUGCAGCUUAUCUUUGGCAGAUGGAAAUGAUACUGCAGACUGUAACUUUUUUAAUCAUCAGCUUAGUUUUGCAUCCAGAAUCUGGUUGUGUAGAAUACAUGUGCUACCAUACUUAUCAAUCAUUUUGAUUAUUUUCAUA